UCUGUGUUAACAUAUAUGGAACUAGACUCGGGUGUUAGGUUAAAUUUUUGAGUACUAGUGUUUUUUCAAACUACUAUUCUACCCUACCACCACUUCGAGCAGUUGUCUGUAGAGGUUAAAAGUUUAUUGCAAAGGCUACUACUUAUAAGUGUCGGAUAAGUUCUAUCGAGAUAAUGACUAGUUGAUCUAAAAAUUACUACUGAAGUACUGGAGAGGUUAUUGAGAAAGGAAGACAAAAACUUUUAACAGACAUGGAGCAGGAUUUGAAAGCAAAAAUAGAUCAAGCUUGCCGCACGGCUGAGGAAUUCACAAAAGUGUACUACGAAAGUUUGGACAAAAGACGAUACCUGAUGUCCAGGCUCUAUCUGGAUACAGGGAUUUUAAUAUGGAACGGAAAUGGUGUUGAAGGCAAAGACAAUAUACAAAAAUUUUGGAUAGAUUUGCCUCCUUCAGAACACAGCAUACUGACCUUGGAUGCUCAACCCAUUACCGGUCCAGCAGUGGCGGAUCAACUGACUUUCCUCGUCAAGGUUAGUGGCCAAGUCAAGUAUCAGGAGAAAAUGAGUAGACCGUUCAACCAAAAUUUUCUCAUAACGGCGAUGGCGGACAAAUGGAAAAUUGUCAGUGAUUGCUUCAGGCUGCAAGAAACUUUGGACAUUGCCGAUUAAUUGCGAGCAAUUGAUGCUCGCAAAAUAAAUAAAUUUAGUAAAAACGGCUCAACACCAUUGAUGAAAGCAUAAUUAUUGUUUCUUUCUUUCUUAUUUUCAUUCUUGAUCAUACGUCGUUUUCACAAUCAAAGAUACGAGUCGGUCUCCGAUCUUACUUUUAUUCACUUAUGAUAUUUAUUGUAUAAAGCAAUAGUAUCAUAUCGAUUUUUAUUUUCAUGAGCGAAUGAGUCGUUGGUCGAUCGAUCUCCGGCGAUUAUUGUGUAUACAUAAUAAUAAUAAUAAUAAUAAUAAUAACUUUACAUCGACGAUUAUGAAAUAAAUACAUGUAUAAAUAACGAUAAAGCAACUAUAAUACAGAUUCAUACAAAACAA